UCUCUCUCUCUCUCUCUCUCUCUCAUCGCUAGACAGUAAAAGAAGGAAGCAUCUGGUAAACCCAUUUCUCUUCUUCAUCAAUAAUGUCUGCGGUCUCCAAUCCGAGUAGUUCUUCGGAGAAUCCGAAGAUCGUUGUCGAAAGAAACCCUUCGGAGUCCAGCCUGUCUGAGCUGAACGUCAAGUGCUGGCCCAAAUGGGCUUGCCCACCUGGGAAGUAUCGGCUCAAGUUUGAUGCAGAAGAAACGUGUUACCUUCUCAAGGGCAAGGUCAAGGCAUAUUCAAAAGGGGCGUCGGCUUCGGCGUCGGCACCAUUUUCGGACUUUGUGGAGUUUGCCGCAGGAGACUUGGUGACCAUUCCCAAGGGUAUCAGAUGCACUUGGGAUGUGUCAGUUUCUAUCGAUAAGCACUACAAAUUCGAGCCAUCUUCAUCGUGGGCAUCAUCUUCUUCCUAGUCACUCUUAGCAUACUCCUACGUGCAUGAUUAUUGGUGACAUCCAUAGAUAUGUAUCUAUAAUGUAGUCUCGUUGUGUUCGCAUCGUGAUUCUGUAUGCUAGUGCUUAUUCUUUCAAGAUUAUAUAUUCAACUAUGUCAUCAUUUUCUCGUGGUAACUAAUUUGUGGACUUUGGAGUAACGUAGUUGUCUCCUGCUUCAAAGGACAAAAAUAGUUAUUCAAUGCGUGAAUGUUCCGAUUGA